CUUUACACCUGAUACGUUCGAUACAGGAAGUAAAUAAAAGAGGAAGUAUAACACGGCUUUGGUAUUCUUGGUAUUGAAAACGAAAAUUACGCAUAACAAAUUUGAAAAUAACAGAUAAAAAUGGCGUCCUCGAGAUACCCUGUAAUAGCGGCAGCUGUAAAAGAACGCCUUCAGGUAGCAGCUAUUGACUUUGGAACUACCUACUCUGGCUAUGCAUUGUCGUUCCGUUCAGAUUUUGUGGACGACCCUCUUAAAAUUAUGACCAAUCAGUGGAAGUCUGGUGCCGGGAGGCCUGCCUCAUUAAAGACGUCAUCGUGUAUAUUGUUCCGUCCAGAUCAAUCAUUUGACAGUUUCGGAUUUGAAGCCGAAGAUAAAUAUGCAGAACUGGCGAUGGAUGAAGCUCAUUUUGACUGGUUCUACUUCAAAAGGUUCAAAAUGUUGCUGUAUGAAAACAAGGAUCUUAACAGAAGUACAAUGCUUAAGGACGACAAAGGUCUUGAGAUGCCAGCAAUGGCAGUAUUUACAGAAGGUAUAAGAUAUUUGAAAGACAAGCUGAUAGAAUCAUGUGAGGACAGAAGCUAUGGCUUACAUCUACACGAGAUACAUUGGGUAAUAACUGUUCCCGCCAUCUGGGAUGAUACUGCAAAACAAUUUAUGAGGGAAGCCGCCAUUAACGCUGGUAUAGAAACAGACCAUCUUUCGUUAGCGCUGGAACCAGAGGCUGCAUCGCUAUUCUGCAAGUACUUACCGGUCGAAAAGGUCAAGGGAGCAACCGGCGGAGGUAUAUCGUGCUUUGCUCCUGGAAAGAGGUACCUUGUCCUGGACGCUGGUGGUGGUACAGUAGAUAUCACUAUACAUGAAACACAGAGAGAUCACACAGUGAGAGAACUGUAUAAGGCUAAUGGUGGUCCUUGGGGAGGUACCAAAAUCGACGAGGCGUUUAUUAAUUUCCUAACAGACAUCACAGGACCAGACGUUAUGGAAAUGUUUCAGAGAGACCAUACAGACGAUUUUCUGGAUUUAAUGCGAGAGUUUGAGAUAAAGAAAACUGGAUUUGCUCCUGACUCGGACCAGAAGAUCACAUUCAAAAUGCCUAUAUCAAUUCAUGAGAUAUUUCAAACGGUCAGGGGCGAAGAUUUCAGACGUUCAUUGAUUUCCAAGCACGAUCUUCGAGAUCAGGUUACAUUCGCUGGUGACAAACUCCGUGUCCAGUCUGGCCAAGUCAAAACUUUCUUCACCGAGACUUGUGGCAAGAUUGUUUCACACCUGAAUGACAUAUUUAACGAAGGUAGCGUCUGUGGCACGGACACGAUACUGAUGGUUGGUGGAUUCUCCGAAUCUAAGAUGCUACAGGAAGCAAUUAGGAACGGCUUCCCAGACAAGAAGAUUAUUGUUCCGGCUGAGGCGGGCCUUGCUGUGUUAAAGGGAGCUGUUAUAUUUGGUCAUAGUCCAAAGGCAAUUGCGUCUAGAGUCGCCAGACAUACCUACGGAAUAAAGAUAAACAAGACUUUCAAUCGAGCUGUCCAUCCUUAUUCAAAGAUGAUGAUUGUAGACUAUGAAGAGCAAUGUACAGAUUGUUUUGACAAGCAUGUUGAGAUCGGACAAGAGGUUAAAGUUGGCUUAGAGUUUGAUGAGAAGAGUUAUAUACCUUCCUCACGAAACCAAACGUCCGUAAAUGUAAAAGUUUACACGUCAGAUAAGAAAAGUCCCGAAUAUGUCGAUGAACCAGGAUGUAAUCUAUUGGGAAACAUUGUUAUCGAUGUGUCAGACAUUGACACAUAUGAAGAAAGGAACUUUGUUGUCAAAAUGAUUUAUGGUGAUACAGAACUGGGAUUGGAAGCUAGAGUUCUUAAAACUGGACGAGUACUGAAUGCUUCUUUUGAUUUCCUUGGAUAAUGUCAUUGAGCAUACAACUUCUCGAUUUGACUUCUGGAGCAGUUAUUUCAAACAUAUGACGUAUGCAUGUUGCGCAUUGCUUUCCUUAACUGUGAUACCUGUAUGGAUUGGACAUCUUUGACAGUCAACAUAAAGUUGUAGUACUAUAGAAAAUGUUAGAGUUGAUGUAUGAAUGGAAGCAUCUUAACUGUAAACUGAACUUCAAGAGACGCGUUGCUUAUAUCUUAGUUUUUUUCAGUAAUAUUCUAACACAAACCGAUUUGGUUUCCUGGUAAACAAAGAAUGUUUAAAAUUGUGUAUUAUUGUGCAACAAUUCAUUUUUCUGACGUCAAAUUAUUACGUCAAAGCGUCAAACGGCAUAGCUACGCGCUGCAAAAGAAGCUAACAGAAAUCAGGCAAAUAUUUGACGGAUGUUGUCAAGGAUGCACAUAAUAAUCAUUGAUAAUACGUUAGAAUCGAAAUGAUAUAUCUCAUACAGUGAUUUGCUCUUUAUCAAAAUUAUUGUCGCUUAGAUGCGUAUUAUAACAUCACUCGGACUGCGCCCUAGUGAUAUAAUUCUUUCGCAUCUAAACUCAAGACAAUGAUUUUACUCAAUAUUUGCUUUUGCCCUAUUCUUUUCCAUUGAAAAUUAUGACGUCCAUUUGGUAUGAACAUCAAAAGUUACGACAAUGCCGAAUAGUGAUACCGGGUCGCUGUUUUGACGACGUCCGCGUAUAGUCAGGAAAAUGUUUCUUAGAUGACGUCACAGUUGUUCAGACUGGUGAACAGAAUGGCCGUGAAGCUGACUUUAAUUCUAAAUGCAACAAAAUAUUUCAAAUCUAUACUAUAACCUUCUUUACAAAUGUUUGCGUGAUUCGUGGAUUUGCCGAUCCUAUUCUGUCGUUCAUUUCGCAUGAAAUCGGAAGAAAAUAUUUCAGUUCUUAAAUGACAAAUUACUGUUUGGGUAUUAUUUAUUUCUUAAAUAUUUGAAGAGUAUAGGUUUAAUGCUAUUAUUUGCAUGCAUUCACUUAAUGCAUUUAUGCACACAUGAAAGUUGUAAAUUGAUCCUUUAAGUUAGUGUUUGGAUUUGUCACUUUUUCAUAUUCUUUAUUGAGAUAUAGUUCAUUCAUUUGAUUAAGAUUUACGGAUGUUCACAUUGUAUAUCGACCUUCAAGACGCUUUAUAGCACAGCUAUUGUAUAUUGUGUCCAACAAUACUGGCAUUAAACAUAAAGAAAGUUGUACGGUUAACAGGGUUCAUUCAUGUUAUAGUACUACUAACACAUAGCAAGCUACAUUUCCAGAUGAUAAGCAGUGAAAUACAAAAAAAAAUAUUUUUACAUCUAAGAUGGUAUAAACACUUUAGCGAUAUAUCACUAUUUGUCCGAUUAUAUUUUAAGUACACGCAGAAUGGAUAGUUUAGAUUUCAUUUGAAUUGUGUUUGAUUACCACAUUUAAAAAACUUAGUGUAGUGUAAUUAUGAUAAUCAGAUAUGUGCAUUUGUACGGUGCCCCUAAAGUGACAUGUUACACACAUUUUUUCCAAUUAGGUAAUGUGACACUUUUUUUAUUUCGUUUAAACGAAAUGAUUUCGUUUAAACGAAAUAAAAAAAGUCUCACAUUACCUAAUUGGAAAAAAAGUGUGUAACAUGUCACUUUAGGGGCACCGUACAUUUGGCAUGUGGAUUAUUUCAUCGGUUUGUCUCUUGUAAUUAAAUAUUAAGAAUGUCAAUACAUAUUAUAUAUAUUUUAGUUUAGUUUAUUCUACGUGUUUGUAUGAAUAGGUGUAAUACUGAUGAUACCAAAACGAAACGAUAUUUUAAAUGCAAAUGCUUUCUUUGAAAAGAAACAAAGGGUAUUUUUGCUUCAAUUGUGUUAAUGUGAGGUAUUCUGGUGCUACAUGUAAAAAUAUGUUUUCUAUUUAUUUUAUGUGUUUCCAAGAGUUUAACCAAGUAUUACCUAUUUUGUCCGACAAACAAAUAAAAACGUUUGGUUUUCCCUCGAUUCUUCGAUGACUGAUUAUUUCUUUUUAUAUAUUUAAGACUUGAAAAUAUAGCUAUUGUGUUAUGUGUAUAUCCAUAAAUAAUAUACAAAUAGAUUAAAAUACAUUUAAAAGUCA